AACUUCUGUGCUUUGUUUAGGUGACAAAACUGAUCAGAGAGAGACACGCAGAAACCUUGAAAAACUUCAUCAAUGGCUGUCAAAGUUUAUAUUGUAAUCAUCAUCCUCUGCAGAAAAGUGAAUUUUAGCUUUGUUUCAUUUUACUUCUCUGAGUUGAAUUUUCAUUGAAAAAGCUGGAAGGCAAAAGAAUUAAGAUACUUACAGAUUCAUUGUGAAGGUAUUACUCCAUGUAUGGACAUGUGGAGAAACUAGCAGAAGAAAUAAAGAAAGGGGCUGCUUCUGUGGAAGGUGUUGAGGCCAAACUAUGGCAGGUACCUGAGACAUUGCCUGAUGAGGUGCUUGGCAAGAUGAGUGCACCACCCAAGAGUGAUGUACCAAUCAUUACCCCCAACGAGCUCUCUGAGGCUGAUGGCUUCGUAUUUGGCUUCCCUACAAGAUUUGGAAUGAUGGCCGCUCAGUUUAAAGCUUUUCUAGAUGCUACUGGAGGUUUAUGGAGAACACAACAGCUUGCAGGCAAGCCUGCUGGAAUCUUCUACAGCACUGGCUCUCAAGGUGGUGGACAAGAGACUACAGCGCUUACUGCUAUCACUCAGCUGGUUCACCAUGGAAUGAUAUUUGUUCCAAUCGGAUAUACAUUCGGUGCCGGCAUGUUCGAGAUGGAGAAAGUGAAAGGUGGAAGUCCAUAUGGUGCCGGAACUUAUGCCGGUGAUGGCUCAAGACAGCCCAGUGAGCUUGAGUUGGAGCAAGCAUUCCACCAAGGGAAGUAUAUUGCCACCAUCACAAAGAAGCUCAAGCAAGCUGCAUAAUGUUGCAUUCUUAUAGACAUACUAUUAUAAAACGAUACCAAAAUAUUGCAUGAAAAUCAUUGCCCAUUUUUUAGCCUUGAAAUAUAUUGAGUUUUAUUUUUCUGUGCUUGCAAGUUUUUUUUUUUUUUUUCGAUUUUCGUAAAGAAAAUGUUUUGUAUGCGUGUUACAUGUUAAAGUGGAUGUUGCAAUUUGUUGAAUGAUGAAUGUUUGCUUGUCUUGUCCUUUCGUGUUAAGCUGAAAAAAAAUUUAUACUUGCU